CAUCUACAUAACCUAAUUCGAUCUCAUUUCCUUACAACAUUCGCUAUAUAGUAUUAUUUCAGUCAAUAUGAGAACAGCUAGUAUCGUCGCUGUGCUUGCAUUAGCUGCGCAAGGUCUUGCCGCACCGAGUGGCGAGAAACGAAGCCUUGUAUUUUCACUCUCUUCUGAGCCCCGAGGGCAAGGUAUACGCAAAUCGUGGGUCGUGUCUCGUUGGCAAUGCCAUAACCUGGUCGAUGACGAGUUCGAUAAUCAGGCUUCUUGGGCCUUUGUCGACAAUGGACUUGCGAACGGCUGUACGCUUUUUGAUGAUGCAGCAUGCAAGGGAGAGAGCGUGAAUAUCGAGAAGAACAAUUCGAAUAUUUUGGGUCCCGGACCGGUCAAUCUUACUGAUGUCAACUUCGAUAAGAAAGCAAGUUCUUUUUCUUGCUACUAAAAGGAUGUACGAAGUACUCCUUCGCCACUAUUUUAAGAACGAUAACUGUAUAUACAGGCAUACAGUGGUGUCCAGAUUUUAGGCCUUUUCGGUAUAUACCAUUGUAAAAUCGAGAGACAGACAGUAGCACCUGACAUUUGUUAAGGAUGGAAACAAC